GCUUACAUCACCAACAAGCAAAAUAGUUCCAAGGAGGAGUGAACAGAGAUACGGAACAGAGCAAAACACAUUUGUCGACGCCAACAACACCAGGGUGAAUGUGAUCAUUUAAAUGCCUCUCCAGUGACGGGCUGCACUCAGUGCGUGCAAAUACUUCGUCUGCAGGACACAAUGGACAGAAAUCUCAUCUCCUCUGAGGAGCCCAGGGUGAAGAGGAGCUUUGAUCAAAUGGUGUUCGUAAACAGAAGUCUGACGCUUGAAAACAUCAAAUGCUAUGGAUUUGACAUGGACUACACGAUGGCAAUGUAUAAGUCUCCUGACUACGAGAGUCUGGGCUUUGAGCUAAUAAGAGACAGAAUGGUGUCCAUUGGAUACCCUCAUGAAAUUCUACGCUACACAUACGACCCCAGCUUCCCCACACGCGGUUUAGUGAUCGACACCACAUACGGGAACCUCCUGAAGGUGGAUUCAAACGGAAACAUUUUAGUCUGCAGUCAUGGCUUCCACUUCCUCAAAGGGAAAGAUAUUAACAAGUACUACCCCAACAAGUUCAUCCAAAGAGAUGACACCGACCGUUUCUACAUUCUCAACACUCUCUUCAAUCUGUCAGAGACUUAUCUCUACACCUGCCUUGUGGACUUCUUCACCAGAUGCACCAGAUACAUAAACGCUGCGACUGGUUACCAGCACGGCGACUUGUUUAUGUCCUACAGAAGCAUGUUCCAAGAUGUUCGAAAGGCGAUGGACUUCAUUCACGAUACGGGAACCCUGAAGGGACAGACUAUCAAGAAUUUGGACAAAUACGUUAUCAAAGAUCCAAAUCUCCCUAUACUCUUGGACCGGAUUAAAUUGGGGGCCAAGGUCUUCCUCGCCACCAACAGUGACUACAGCUACACUGAGGUCAUUAUGAAAUACCUGCUUGAAAAUAAUCCCACGCCUGGAAGUCAAAAAAGGUCCUGGCGCUCCUAUUUUGACCUCAUCGUGGUGGACACCAAAAAGCCGCUGUUCUUUGCCGAGGGGACGGUGCUAAGACAAGUGGACACGGACACAGGAAAGCUUCGGAUUGGGACGUACACAGGUGACCUCCAAAAGGGAACUGUUUACUCUGGAGGAUCUUCGGACAUCGUCAGUGAUCUGCUGGAGGUCAAAGGUAAAGACAUUCUCUAUGUUGGCGACCACAUCUUUGGAGACAUCCUCAAAUCCAAGAAGCGUCAGGGCUGGAAGACUUUCCUGGUCGUACCAGAGCUCACUAAGGAGGUGCAGUUGUGGGAGAAGAAGAAGAGUAUGUUUGAGGAGCUGAAACGUCUCGACAUCUUCUUAGCUGAACUUUACAAGCACCUGGACAGUGACAGUCAGGAGUGUCCUGAAAUCUGUGCCGUUCAGUCGAGAAUGAAGGUGCUGACCUACAGAAUGGACAUGUCCUACGGCCAGAUGGGCAGCCUCCUGCGCAGUGGUGCCAGACAGACGCUGUUUGCCAGUCAGCUGAUGCGAUAUGCAGAUCUGUACUCCUCCACCUGCCUCAACCUGCUGCACUACCCCUUCAAUUAUCUCUUCAUGGCUCCCCCAGUCCUGAUGCCCCAUGAAGCAGUGAGUCAACCCUCAAAUGACUUUGCUUCAGCAGAGGUCACUGUCACCAACAAUAUGGUGAAGAUGAGCAUGAACUAAGUGCUGAAGACAGCUGACCAGGAUGCUUCAGAAGAAUCUUCUCAUGUGCUUCGUUGUGUCACGGACACUGAUAAAGGUGACUGUGUGCACCUGUGCUUGUUUAAAGUGUUUGUUCCAGCUGUGUGAAGCGCCUCUAAUAGAGAGAAACUAACUUAUUGCUCCACCUAGUGGACACAAAGUGCUAUGCCUUGCAAUGUGAUUUUAGGAUUCAAAUGCAAAGCAGACUCAGGGUUACUGUAUAUAUGAGUGUUAAUGUGUUGUUGUAUGGUGUGGUGCAUGUGCACUUUCAAUCUGAGGUUUGUCUAAUGGUUUUUAAAAAGUGACUUUAUUUGCGUGUUGUUUGUCUCAUUUCAAUAAAUCAUUCGUAUUAUU